GCACGGGGGGCGGGCGGCGCGGAGGAGGCGGCAGUGGCCAUGGCCGAGGCGUCGCCGCAGCCCGGACGGUACUUCUGCCACUGCUGCUCGGUCGAGAUCGUGCCGCGCCUGCCGGAUUACAUCUGCCCCAGAUGCGAGUCUGGUUUUAUUGAGGAGCUUCCAGAAGAGACCAGGAGUACAGAGAAUGGGUCCGCCCCCUCCACAGCCCCCACGGACCAGAGCAGGCCACCAUUCGAGACCGUGGACCAGCACCUGUUCACGCUGCCGCAGGGCUACGGCCAGUUUGCUUUCGGCAUCUUUGACGACAGCUUCGAGAUCCCCACGUUCCCCCCUGGGGUGCAGACCGAUGAGGGCAGGGACCCCGAGAGCCGGCGGGAGAGAGAGCAACACUCCCGGCACCGAUAUGGUGCCCGGCAGCCCCGCGCCCGCCUCACUGCACGGCGGGCCACCGGCCGGCACGAAGGCGUCCCCACGCUGGAAGGGAUCAUCCAGCAGCUGGUCAAUGGUAUCAUCACUCCUGCCAGCAUCCCCAGCCUGGGCCUGGGCCCCUGGGGUGUCCUGCACUCAAACCCGAUGGACUACGCCUGGGGGGCCAACGGCCUGGAUGCCAUCAUCACGCAGCUCCUCAAUCAGUUUGAAAACACAGGCCCCCCGCCUGCAGACAAAGAGAAAAUCCAGGCCCUCCCCACCGUCCCCGUCACGGAGGAACACGUAGGCUCCGGGCUGGAGUGCCCCGUGUGCAAGGAUGACUACGGACUGGGGGAGCGCGUGCGGCAGCUGCCCUGCAGUCACCUCUUUCACGACGGCUGCAUCGUGCCCUGGCUGCAGCAGGUG